GACUUUGAGGGAUCUCAUGGUCAGAGUCCAACCAAAGAGAUUCAGAGAGAUUCUGGUUCUUGAUGACGUAAUGGAGGCCCAGUAUCACCAGUUUGGGUUGUCUGAUAACAGCUUUGUCCAGGAAGAGCACAAAGCAACUGCCCAAACGGUGUCCGCAGGUCUGAGCAGGAUAGUGGUUUCUGUCCUGUAUGGAGUGCUGCUGCUGCUGCUGUUAACUCUGCUGACGCUCACUGGGAUAAGAUUCUCCCAGUUAAACAAGGGAAUCGCUGACGUCAAACUAAGCCUUGAGAGAAUCAGCAGCGAAGGGACAACUUCAUCGUUCAGUUCAGGUCAUGAAAUGGUUUCACGUGCAACAACUAUUCAGGAGGUCUCCUUACAGGAACGUGUCCCAGUUCAAGGAACAUGCAGACAAGGAUGGGUGUCUUUCCAGAGGAGCUGCUACCUGCUAUCCAGGACGGCCGCAACCUGGAGCAAAGCAGAGGAGCAAUGUCGAACACACGGAGCACACCUGGUAGUUAUGAACAACGUGGAGGAACUGGACUACAUUUCAGAAAUAGUUGAAAUCAGAUAUAACUAUUGGAUUGGACUUGUGGAGCGAGAACACGAGGGGCACUGGAGCUGGGUGGAUGGAACUGACAUCAAUUCCGCUCCAACUUUCUGGGAUAAGGGUCAGCCUGACAACUGGGACUACAGAGAGAACGGAGAGGACUGUGGGCAGAUUCACGCUUCUGAGAAACGCAAACGCAAGAUGUGGAAUGAUGCAGACUGCAACCUGCUGUAUCCGUACAUCUGUGAAACCAUGGUGUGAUGUGAGAGACAGUGAACCUGUUCGAGCCACUGAACCGUCACCAACUUGACAGGUCUGAUAUGUUGGA